CAGCAUCCGCACCACACGAAACACGGAAGUCACACGGAACUUGGAAGUCAUCGUCAUCGUUGUGUUUGUAUUGCUGCUGUUGUGCACAAAGCGAUCGGAUCCAGUACGAUCCAGCAGAUGCACAAUAACGCUCCCGUUUAAUAACCGGAGAUGGGCGGUCACGGCCUGAUGGGGGACGAGCCCGAGUCCCUGGACUACUCGGUCCAUGAGGCCUGGAACGAGGCCACCAACGUGUACCUGCUGGUCGUCCUGGUCAGCUUCGGCCUGCUCAUGUACGCAAGGAAAAACAAGAGGAAGAUCAUGCGCAUCUUCACUUUGCCUCCCGCCAGCACCCCAGAGCCCAACUUCUACGACAGCCUGCAGAAGGUCCGUCUGCGGCAGCAGCUGGAGAUGUACUCUCUGUCCAGGAAGUUCGAGCAGCCGGGCCAGACGGAGAGCGUCCAGCUCUCCAUGGAAUGAGACCAGAGAGCGCUGUCCAGCUGUCCCCCGAGCAGGUCACCGCAUAGGGGUUGUGAAGUUGACCCCAAUGUCGACCGCUAUGGGGAGCCCUCCUUGUUUGGAGCUCUCUAAAAGGGUUGGUUCUGUACCACAAGAGAGCGCCCGUCAGGACGUAGAACAAUGCUUCCCCCCCCAUCCCUUCCUCGACCAGCUCAGGUUACGGGGAAUUGUUGCUGCGUGCCGGCUCUCCAUGUGGCCGUAGCGGGGGGGGGUAGGUGGUUUCCGUUUGCUGUGUGGUGCGUAGUGAUGGUGUGAGGGCGAUGUCUAGGCUCCCCUUCAGUGGAGGGUCAUCCCAUAACUGGCAUUCCUGUGUUUCAUCUGCAUUUUUAAGGAUCUGCUUCGUAUCGUUGUUGCAUAUUAUUUUUUGCGAUUAAGCCCUUUUUUGGGUUUUAAAAUAUUCUGUAUAUACAAAGUCAUUGUUUCCUAUAAUACUGUUGUCUUGCGUGAUUGGAUAUGUAAAUUGGCUUUGAGUAAAACAAUUUGAAGAUGGUGUAUUAAAACUAAUGAUUCAA